UUUGGAGUCAAAAUGGUGAUGCUACGCAACAGCGGCGGUGUCGGAGCUGAGUCGGUGGCUACAACUCCGAAUCGGAGGUCGGUGGAGUUGGACACAAGCUCGGAGUUUCUGUCGCUGCUUCCCGCCUCACAGAAAAAGUCCGCCCGGGUGACCCGCUCCUCCCGGCCGCUGGACGAAAGCUUCAGCAGCCCGGAAAACAACGCGGUGAAUGGACAUGCUGAUAUGAAGCAGGAGGAGGGAAGUGUUCUCCAUCACACCCCGAGGACCCGAGGAAAAAGAGUUAAACUGGAGGUCUCCUUUGCGGACAUGGAUCCGAAGACCAGCAGCCCUGCGAACGAAGACAAGGCCGGAGGCUGCUGCACCAGGAAAUCAUCCAGGCUGCAGAGAGAGGGGAACGCAUCCAGCAGCAAGAAGCAAGCAGAUGUUCCUGAUGAAGUUGAGGGGUCCUCCACUCCCAAGAGGAGCCGUUUUAACCUGCAGAGCCGGGAAGUGGAAGAAGAAGAGGAGGAGGAGGAGGAGGAUCGCUCUGUGCGACGUAGUUCCCGAAUCACCAGAUACAAACUUGAUUCCCGAAAUCAGUCCGUGCUCUACGACCGCCUCAUCACCAACACUGCUGAAGCUGUUCUCCAGAAGAUGGACGACAUGCAGAAGAUGAGACGCAGACUGAGGAGCAGAGACACCGAAGAAGAGCUGGGAGUGUACACCAGAGGCAGAAUGAAAAGGUCUCUGAGGACAAACGUGGAGAAUAAAGACACACAGGAGGAGAACCAAGCAGGGGAUGAGGAUGAACACGAUGAAGAGGAGGAGGAAGAUAGAGAAGAUGAAGAUGAUGAGGAGGAGGAGGAAGAGGAGGAAGAAGAUGACGAUGAAGAUGGCGAGGAUGAGGAUGAGGAAGAAGACAACCAGAGGCGUUACGACUUCAGACAGCGAAAGACUGUGGUUCGCUACCAGGCCCCACAGGACGAACCCAGAGAGCCCAGGAAGCGCAGCAUGUACUUCAAGGACCACUCAUCUCCUACCAGACGCAGGUUCAGAUUCAGCUCAACGGCCCCAAGGAGCCCCUACAACAGGAGAAGAACCAGCCUGAGUAGUUCUGAGAGACGGAGACACGCCAUCCACAGUAGUGACUCCACGUCCUCCUCGUCAGACGAUGAGAAAUUCCAGAGGAGGAGAAGUAAGAACAGGAGCCGGUCAGUCAACAGAUGUCUGCCAAUGAACCUUGUUAAAGAAGACCUGCUGGGAAUCCAUAAGGACAGGAUGAAGAUCGGAGCCAGCCUGGCAGAUGUGGACCCCAUGCAGAUAGACAAGACAGUGCGCUUUGACAGCAUCGGAGGUUUGAGCAGACACAUCUCAGCGCUGAAGGAAAUGGUGGUCUUCCCUCUGCUCUAUCCAGAAGUCUUUGAGAGGUUCAAGAUACAGCCACCCAGGGGCUGUCUAUUUUACGGUCCUCCAGGCACGGGGAAAACCCUGGUAGCCAGAGCGCUGGCCAACGAGUGCAGCCAGGGUGAAAGGAAGGUGUCGUUCUUUAUGAGGAAAGGAGCUGAUUGCCUCAGUAAAUGGGUGGGAGAAUCUGAGAGACAGCUGCGCCUACUGUUUGAUCAGGCAUACCAGAUGCGUCCAUCCAUCAUCUUCUUUGAUGAAAUUGAUGGUUUGGCUCCAGUCAGGUCCAGCCGACAGGACCAGAUCCACAGCUCCAUUGUGUCAACCCUCCUGGCUCUCAUGGACGGAUUGGACAGCAGAGGAGAAGUCGUAGUGAUCGGAGCCACAAACAGACUGGACUCCAUCGAUCCAGCUCUCAGGCGACCAGGACGCUUCGACAGAGAGUUCCUCUUUGGCCUGCCUGACAGAGAGGCGAGGAAGGAUAUUCUGAAGAUCCACACCAGACAGUGGACUCCUCCACCUACUGACGCUUUUCUGGAGGAACUGGCAGAUAAAUGUGUUGGUUAUUGCGGAGCAGACAUCAAGGCAGUGUGUUCAGAAGCAGCCCUGUGUGCAUUACGGCGGCGCUACCCACAAAUCUACUCCUCAUCUCAGAAGCUUGUGCUUGAUGUCAACUCUAUCGCCAUCACAAACAAAGACUUUAUAUCUGCCAUGUCCAAGAUGGUUCCCGCUGCCCAGAGGGCUGUAGUGUCACCAGCCAAGGCCCUGAUACCUGCCAUCCGUCCUUUGCUGAGCGCCGCCCUGCAGAACCUCCUGGACACAGUGAGCAGAGUGUUUCCGCAUGCUGAGCAGGGCUUAAAGAGGAAGAAAGAACAAGAUCAACCCUGUGGUUUGUCUGAAGAUGAUCUGAUGUUCAGUGAAGACGAAGACUGCUCCAGCAGACAGACGUCUCACUCUCAGCUCCAAACACCUUCUGCUAAAGGCCUCCUCAACCUCAACAGAAGCGUGUUGAGCCAGCCAACCUCCUACCGUCCCAGGAUGCUUUUAGAGGGUCGACCAGGUUCAGGUCAGAGCUCUCAUCUGGCUCCUGCAGUCCUCCAUGCACUGGAGAAAUUCACUGUGUACACACUGGACAUGGCUGUGCUGUUUGGAGCCAGUGCAACUGCACCAGAAGAGACCUGUGCUCAGAUUUUUGUUGAAGCCAAACGAACCUCUCCCAGUAUCCUGUACAUCCCUCACAUCGGACAGUGGUGGGAAACAGUGGGUCCGGCUUUAAGAGCGACCUUCCUCAGCUUGCUCAGCUCCAUCCCUGCCUUCGCUCCCAUACUGCUUCUGGCUACCUGCAAUCUACAAUACGCCCAACUCAGUAUGGAGGUUCAGGAGUUGUUUCGUGUGGAGUAUGGGGAGGUUUUCCACGUCCCCGUCCCCACCAGCAGGGAAAGAAGAAACUUUUUUGAUGACCUGAUCCUUAACCAGGCUACCAAGGCCCCUGCCUCUAAAAAGAAAGCUGUGCUCCAUGCAUUAGAGGUGCUUCCAGUCGCCCCUCCACCUCCCCCACGUCAGCUGACAGAAGAGGAGGUCCAACGAUUGGUGGAGCAGGAGGAGAACACCCUCAGGGAGCUCCGCCUCUUCUUGCGUGAUGUCACCAACCGCCUGUCCCAAGAUAAACGCUUCAAGGCUUUCACAAAGCCUGUGGAUCUCGAGGAGGUUCCAGAUUACGCUGAGGUGAUCAAGAAGCCCAUGGACCUGUCAACAGUUAUCACUAAUAUCGACCGUCAUAAGUAUGGGACAGUCAAAGAGUUCCUUCAAGAUGUGGAUCUCAUCUGGCAGAAUGCCCUCGAAUACAACCCAGACAGGGACCCAUCAGACCGCCAGAUCCGCCACAGGGCUUGUUCACUGAAGGACACUGUCCACGCCAUCAUUACAGAAGAACUGGAUGAAAAUUUUGAGAAGAUUUGUGAAGAGAUCCAAGUGUCACGCAGCGGGAGAGGUUGCUCCACUGCACAAUUUGCUCCCACCUACUACCAUGUUCUUCCUAAACAGCCCAAUCCUCCUGCAGAGGUCAAGCUUAAUGACAUGACCCCACAAACUGAGCCAGCCGGAGCCAGCACUUCAUUCACUCCCAUUACAACUGCCUCAACUGUUACAACACCUAAAACCUCAGCCCAGAAGAAGAAACGUCGGAAGAGUCGCUGGUCUGCUGGCAUCUAUGCAAAGAGGAAGUCUUCCUCCUCUCCUCACGUGUCCAGAGAUGAUGCACAGUUAGACUCUGAUGAGGAUGAGGAAGAUGGGGAUGAUGAUGAGGAGGAGGUUGAGAAGGGAGGAGCGGCAGAGUAUGAUGAGGGAAAUGGAGGAGAGGAGGUAGUUGAUCUAGAGUCAGUGCCUGCAGCAGGUCAAGAAGGUAGUUUUGGGUCCUCUGAAAAGGAGCAGGUCAGCCAGGAGGAGCGUAAGGAGAAGGGGAGAGAGGAGAGGAGUCGAGUUGAUGAAGAUGAGGUUACUGUGUGUGCAAACGAAAAACCAGAAGGUGACAAGCAGGGACAGAACGAAAAAGAAAAGGUGGACAAAGCUGUCACAGAUGAGUCGGGAGAAAACAAAAAGCAGAGAGAGGGGGGAGACGAGAGCAGUGAAAUGACUGCAGUGAACACUAAUGAGGACAGCCGCACUGAGACUGAAGCAGGAAACAAUGGACAGUCCAGCACAGAGGACUGUGAUGAAACUCACAGUGAGAAGCGGACAGAAACUGAGACUGAAAAAAGUCAAACUGUAAUACAGGAGGAUGACAUGGACUGCGAGGUGGCAACAGUAGAAAAGGCCGAGCAGAAGAGUGAGGCUGCGACAGUAGAAAAGGCCGAGCAGAAGAGUGAGGCUGCGACAGUAGAAAAGGGAGAGCGCAAUAGUGAGGCUGAACCAAUGGAGGUGGACGCAUCAGUAACUUCCACAGACCCCUCUGCAGCUGUCAGAGAUGACAGUGGCACAGCCUCAGAGCGCAGCGGGAGGCGAUUGACUCGGGCUCUAAAGAACGUUGUGCAGCAGCAGCAGAUGAUGGAUGUGGGGAAGACUCUGCAGAUCCUGGACCAGGAGCCUCCUCCUCUGGUGGUGGACAGAAACAAAUUAAAGGAGCUGUUGGAGAGAGUUGUGGCCAAGACUGAUGGCUAUGAAGUCGUCAAGCUGGAGAAACUCUACGCUCUGCUCUGCCAGAGCAUCUACAGACACAGACGAGAUUACAACAAAACUGCUCUAAUACAGGAAUUGGAACAAGAGAUUGAAGACUUCUGUUGACUUUUCAACAAGAACAACGUUUUUUAAAUAAUUGUGCCCGUCAUCCUUACAGCUGUGUAAAUAUAAAAACCUUAGUUAUAUUUUGGUAGAAAUCCACAGGCACAUCUUUUUGUGCAGGAACUAAAUCUU